UAUUAUAACGAUUGUGAACUUCAAUAGUGGCCAACUCAAGGUCUGCUGGCCCCCAGGCCUGCUUCUGGAACCUCUUGACCCAACUUCCUGGGCCUGAUCUUUUCCCCGUCAUCAGAAUGACCUGUAGCAGCCUUGGAUGACACACGGUUGGGCUUCGUCGUUCCAUUCCGGUGAAGCUUUCUUGUUGAACAGCAACAGUCGCAGACAUGGACAGCAAAGUCAGAGUGCAAAAGCCCAAUCCAUUGAAAACGGCGAACGCCUUGUCAACACUACUGUUUUGGUGGAUGAAUCCACUGUUUAAAGUGGGGUAUAAGAGGAAACUAGAAGAGGAUGACAUGUUCAACGUUCUACACGAGGACUCAUCGUGCAAGCUUCGGACUGACUUGGAAAGGGCGUGGAAUGUGGAGAAAUCUGACUACAGUAAACCUCGUCUACUUCGAGCUCUGGGGAGGUGUUACGGAAAGGGGUGGAUUCUCCUCGGCAUACCCCUGGUCAUUGAGGAGACCAUGAAGGUCGCCCAACCCCUGCUCAUGAGCCGUCUCAUCCUGUACUUCUCUCCCGGAAGUCACGUGACGCUGACGCAAGCCUACCUGUGCGCGUUCGGCAUCAGCGCAUGCGCCCUGCUCAGCGGCAUGCUGCAUCAUCAGAUCUACUUCUCGACUACGCGGUGGGGCUGGAGAAAGAGGGUCGCCUGCUGCUCGAUCAUAUACAAAAAGGCAUUGCGACUCAGUAACGCGGCUCUGCUCAAGACCACGACUGGUCAGAUCGUCAAUCUCAUGUCCAAUGACGUCAACAGAUUCGACCUCGGUUUCCAAUUUAUUCACUACCUUUGGAUCGGACCGGUACAAGCCAUUGUCAUCAGCGCUAUACUUUGGGGAGAGCUGGGACCAUCAUGCCUUGCCGGCCUAGGGUUCAUGCUCUUUCUGUUUCCCGUUCAAUCGGCUAUGGGGAAACUCUUCAGCAAGUUCAGGUCGCAAACGGCUCAUCGCACGGACGAGAGGGUGCGGACCAUGAGCGAGAUCAUCUCAGCGAUGAGGGUCAUCAAAAUGUACACUUGGGAGGAACCGUUCGGCACACUGGUCAAGAAACAGCGAAGACGGGAGGUACAGAAAAUAGCCAAAGCCGUCACGUCCCAAGGGUUGAACUUGGCCUUUUCUUACAUCUCCGUCCGCGUCAUCUCUCUGCUGGCCUUCGUGACGUACACGUUGCUGGGAAACACCGUCACCCCCUCCAAAGUCUUCACGGCGAUCGCCCUGUACAACGUGCUGCAGUUCACGCUGCUCAAGUUCGUCCCCCUAGCGGUGCAGUUCCUGUCCGAGGUGCUGAUUGCCAUCCGCAGGAUACAGUUCGUCCCCCUAGCGGUGCAGUUCCUGUCCGAGGUGCUGAUCGCCAUCCACAGGAUACAGGGCGGUGACGUUUUACUCCUCAAGUUCGUCCCCCUAGUGGUGCAGUUCCUGUCCGAGGUGCUGAUCGCCAUCCACAGGAUACAGAUACAGGACUUUCUCUUGUUGGAUGAAGUGAGUCAACUGGCUAUAUCAGACACACCGGAAAAGAAUCAAGAUGUACACCCUACUUCAGACAAUAUUAUCAGAAAGGAAGCAAAGAACGCGGAAGGUUUCUUGAACAAGGCAUUUACUACCGACGCACAUGACGGAAAGGAUCCGGUCCAUCCACCUAAGUUUUCAGGAAAGGCAACGUCAGAUGAUGCUGAAGAUAAAAACUACAAAAUUUCAUCAUUGGACAUCAGUCCUUCAGUCGUGGUGUCUAACCUCUCGGCCAAAUGGGAUGAGUCCAAAGAAGUGCAAACCUUGAAGAACGUGAACUUCAGGGUCAAGGAUGGACAGCUGUUUACUGUUGUCGGGUCCGUGGGGUCUGGAAAGUCGUCUCUUCUAAGUGUGAUACUGGGAGAGUUGCCGGCGUCGUCCGGGGAGGUCAAAGUUGACGGGAGAGUGUCGUACGCCUCUCAGCAGGCCUGGGUGUUCUCUGGUACCGUCAGGCAGAACAUCGUCUUCGGCCACCCUUAUGACCACCUCAAGUACUGGAAAGUCAUCGACUGUUGUGGACUAAGCAAGGAUCUGGAAGUUUUUCCAAACUCAGACCUGACGCUUGUUGGUGACCGCGGCAUCACUCUGAGUGGAGGACAAAAGGCGAGGAUCAAUCUAGCACGAGCUGUGUACCGAGAUGCUGAUAUCUACGUUCUGGAUGAUCCACUCAGUGCAGUGGAUGCCAAAGGCAGACAGCUUGCUGUUGGUACUUACCCAGAACUAGUUGAACAAGGGUUCGUCUUUUCCGACCUGAUUCACACGAAGAAAGAGGACGGGAACCCAGUGCUCCCGUCCAAACGGCUCGUUCGAAGACAAAGCUCGAUCAGAAGAGGUGUGGUCGAGGCCGUGGAUACCAUAGAUGACGAGCCAACCGAAGACUCAGUCCCAGAGGAACCGGACGAGGAUCGGUUUGAAGGCAGCGUGUCACUCCGGGUGUACUGGGACUAUCUGACGGCAGGGUUCGGGAAGUUUGGCCUGCUGCUGUCCUUGGUACUGAACGUCGUGUAUCAGGUGCGCAACGACAAAGGCUCCUACGUGUUUACGGAUUGGUGGCUUGCACAUUGGGCGGCAAAAGAAGAGGAAUAUCUAAACACGAGAACAAACCAUUCCAGCGCUCAGAACAUAUCUGAGAAAGAGACAAUCCCACCGACAGUGGUGGACAGCAGUUUUUACCUGUACGUGUUUACUGGAGUUACCGUUGCAGUCGUGGUGCUGAGUACUGUGCGCACGCUCUUCAUGUUCUACAACUGCAUCAUGGCGUCUCACAACCUGCACAACAGCAUGUUUCACGCCAUCAUCAGGACACCGAUUCUCUUCUUCGACACAAAUCCAGUCGGUCGCAUCCUGAACCGGUUUUCGAAGGACAUGGGGCAGCUGGAUGAGCAGUUACCGUGGCAGUUUGUGGAGUUUGUGCAAUACACGCUGCUGACCGUUGGAGUCGUUUUACUAGCUGGCGUGGUCAACCCCUGGGUCUUCAUUCCUGUCGUGCCCCUACUUCUCAUCUUCCUCUACCUGCGGCAGUACUUCUUAGCAACGUCCAGGGACGUCAAGAGGCUGGAAGCCACAACCCGGAGCCCAGUGUUCUCCCAUCUCUCCGCUACUCUACAAGGACUGACGACCAUCCGAGCUCUCGCCGCCGACAACAUUGUGCUACGGGAAUUCGACGCUCACCAGGAUCAGCAUUCGGAAGCCUGGUUCCUGUACCUCUGUACCACGCGAUGGCUGGCGAUCCGGCUGGACCUGCUGACGGCGGCCUUUAUAACGUCUGUGACGUUCUGUAGUGUGCUUGCAGCUAACAGUUUAGACGGAGGGCUGGUUGGUCUGACUGUGUCAUACGCCAUUGUCGUGACUGUGUUCUUCCAGUGGACCGUGAGGCUCAGUACGGAAGUGGAGACCAUGAUGACCUCAGCGGAAAGGGUUCUGGAGUACACCAGACUUGACCCGGAAGUAGAACCGGAAACGAAGGUCCACCCGCCGGCCGGCUGGCCUCAGCACGGCUCCAUCGCACUACACAACGCCUCGUUUUCGUACUCCAAGGACGGGCCUGACGUUUUGAAGGAACUCAACGAAACGAUUGCCGCUCAAGAGAAGGUCGGGAUCGUUGGCAGGACUGGAGCAGGGAAGAGCUCGCUAAUGCAUAUGCUGCUGAGGAUGGCUGAGAUGAAAGGAGGAAUAAGUAUCGACGGUGUUGACAUCUCGACGCUCGGGUUGUCCGACCUGCGGAGCCGGAUCAGCGUCAUCCCGCAGGACCCUGUCCUGUUCUCCGGGAGUCUCAGGAAGAACCUGGACCCGUUUGACCAGUACACAGACUCGGAGCUGUGGGCCGCUUUGGAGCAAGUCCAGUUAAAGCAUGUUGUCGGAGAGCUGUCGAUGGCACUUGAAGCAGAAUUGGCCGAAUGUGGGACUAACUUCAGCGUGGGCCAAAGGCAGUUGGUUUGCCUGGCCAGAGCGCUGCUGCGGAAGACAAAAAUACUGAUCAUUGACGAGGCCACUGCUAAUGUGGACCCUAGAACCGAUGAGCUGAUCCAGCGGGUGAUCCGAUCCCGAUUUGAACACUGUACCGUGCUGACGAUCGCUCACCGACUCAACACUGUUAUAGACUCAGGCAGGAUCAUGGUAAUUGACGACGGCAGAAUCGUGGAGUUCGGAGAACCGUACCGUUUACUGGAGGCAGGAGACAGCGGGAGGUUCGCGCGUCUCGUGGCGGAGCUGGGCACGGCGGAGGCCGCACGGAUGAGGUCUACUGCGCGGCAGUGCUUCCAGAGGAGGCAUGCUGAGCCCGAGACAGCGGACACCAGACUUUAGAACGUUUAUGUGCCGGGACACCAUUAUGCAGAUAGGGACGCCAACAUGGAGGCAGACGCAGUUAUUUGUAUUUCAAUGAAGUGAAGUCUUCAGUAUCCUUUUUAACAUAUCAUGUGCAUACGUUGGAUAAUAUUGAUCUUAUCAGAUGGAGAUGUAUUGAUCAUUAAGUAUCCAAACCAUGUAGGUUUUGGUAAAAUGUUUUUAAACAUUAAAAGGGUCAUGGCGGCCUAACAGGCAUUGGGUUUCAUGCGAUUUAAUAAACAUGACAACGAUAA